UCAGGUCCUCAUCAUUCUGUUGCAUCAGCAGUGCUGAGCCUUCUCCAUUUCACCUAUAUUUGCUUUUCCUCUUCUCUUCUCUAGAGUGCCUAUCUUCCUUUUUCAAUGGGGACGUCGAGGCCCCCGAGAGGAAAGGUAUCCCUGUCGAUCAUUACCAUCAUAAUUUGUGCCUUGGCCUUUGUUGCGCUCUUGUACACUCAAAGAAUUAGUUCUUUGUCUUCCAGUGCCAUUUUCAGGUUUAAACCCUGUGCUGCUAAAAGAAUUGCUGCUAAGAAGUCUGUCAUAGAUAACAGAAAUGUGGGUGCACUAGAUGAUGCAGCAGAUGAUCGGUUUGUCUUUGAUCCGGAGGAGUGCUCCCUUGUUCAUGGAAAAUGGGUGUUUAAUCGUUCCAUUACCCCUUUGUAUACAGACAGGAGUUGCCCGUAUCUGGACAGGCAGGUUUCUUGUGUUAAGAAUGGAAAGCUGGACACUGACUACCUGCACUGGGAAUGGAGGCCCGACGAUUGCAUAUUGCCUAGGUUUGAUCCUAAAAAGGCACUGCAAAGACUUCAAGGGAAGAGGCUAAUGUUUGUAGGGGAUUCACUGCAAAGAGGACAAUGGCAAUCCUUUGUCUGCCUCGUUGAGUCUGUAAUACCACAAGGACAGAAAUCCAUGAAACGAGGCCGUGCACAUAGUGUCUUCAAAGCCAAGGAACACAAUGCCACAAUUGAGUUCUACUGGGCUCCGUUCCUAGUCGAGUCCAAUUCCGAUCUUCAUAUAAUAGCAGACCCAAAGAAGAGAAUUCUGAAAGUUGAUUCAGUUGCCAAGCAUGCCAAACACUGGAUAGGGGUGGAUAUCCUUGUCUUCAAUACUUACGUUUGGUGGAUGAGUGGGCUAAAGAUCAAGUCACUAUGGGGUUCAUUUGCAAAUGGAGAUGAAGGAUAUGAAGAGCUGGACGCGCCUGUUUCUUACACUAUAGGACUCAAAACAUGGGCAAAUUGGGUGGAUUCUAACGUUAAUCCCAACAAAACACGAGUGUUCUUCACUACAAUGUCUCCUACACACCAGAGAAGCGCAGAUUGGGGCAAUGAGAAAGGGAUAAAAUGCUUCAAUGAAACGAAGCCAAUCACCAAGAAACGACACUGGGGGAGCGGCUCAGACAAGCGGAUGAUGGGCGUGGUGGCCGGUGUCGUGGAAAGAAUGAAGGUCCCUGUGACGUUGAUAAACAUCACUCAACUAUCAGAAUACAGAAUUGAUGCUCACUCGUCGAUCUACACAGAGUUGGGUGGCAAACUGCUGACGGACGAACAAAAGGCCGAUCCAUUGCACUACGCAGAUUGCAUACACUGGUGUUUGCCAGGAGUUCCUGAUACCUGGAAUAGAAUACUUUAUGCACAUUUGUUGUAGCAGAAAAAUCAAAAGAAAACUGAAUGAUUGUUAAUGCCUUUCCUAUGUAUCACUUGAGCAACAAGAUGUCAAUGAUGCAUGGUUUUGU